CCCCCACUUCAUGCCUCGCGAGCCCAUUGAGAUGCCGUGGGAAGUGCCGACAGAAGAGCAGUCGUCCGAUUGCGACACCAUAGAGGUGGAUUCAGACACCUCAAGCGAGCUGCUUUUCACCGACCUGCUUUUCCCACGCAGGCGUUCCGGAAUCCGCGGCAUCACCAUUCUCCUGUACUCGCAGCAAAACCACUUCGACCGCUACCCCCAGCCGCCGCUGCGCUCGGAGCUCGCCCAGAGCCAGUACUACGAGGCUACGGAGGAGCACUGGAUCUGCGAGCUGUGGCAGACCCCGGUGAUCAGCUUCGUCCCGGCCGUCUACGCGGAGGCGGUGAUCGACAACCUGGCCCAGGACCUGGCGACGCGUGGCGAGCCGCAGCGGUACUGGAUCGAGGAGCUGAUGCACAUCAGUGUCUUCUGGUACGGCGGAGGCAAGAACCGUCCCCAACGCCCGCCCACACCCCACGGCGGCAAUAUCUGGUCGUCGACGGGUCUAGACGAUCCCUACUCCCUCAUCCUGUAUUGGUGCAAUCAAGCCGCGCGAGAGGAUCGGUCGGGGCUCACCCCCGCGGUGAAGACGCAGCUGGCCCGCGUGCAUGCCACGCUGGACGCGCUGGAGGCUUACCCCCACCGCAGAAGUGUGGGUAUUGACCCCUGCAUGGAGUAUACCUUCACGGGCGACGGUCCGCUCCCGGACUGGUUGCAUUCGACCUAUGCUAGUCUUGCGCCGGAGGGUCCAGGUGGCAUGGUGUGACUCCCCGUGCCCGGAUGGCGAUUGUGCUUGC